GAUCCUUGGCGAUCGUGGGAAUGGGGAAUCCAAUAUGGCAGCCGUCGUGAUAGCCGCACAAGUCAGUGUCGCGGAAAUGUUUUUAACUCGCUGAGCAAGCAACCGCGACAACCGGUCGACGUGCGACGCAUAGGCGUGUCUGGUGGAGAAUACCAGCCGCGAAGCGUAUUGUGCUUAACGGCACUAUUAGAAUAGUAGUCUAGUUAGCGCUUAAUUAUCUUCUAAUUGGAUCCCGGGAUUCGUCGGAAAAUCAGGGAUUCUGGAAGGGAAGGACUUUAAACAGCCAUGGGGAAGCAAAACAGCAAGUUAAAGCCGGAAGUGCUGGAGGACCUCAAACAGAAUACUGAAUUCUCAGAUGCUGAGAUUCAGGAGUGGUACAAAGGAUUCUUAAAAGACUGUCCCAGCGGCCACCUCAGCGUGGAGGAAUUCAAGAAAAUAUACGGGAACUUCUUUCCUUAUGGCGACGCGUCAAAGUUCGCGGAGCAUGUAUUCAGAACGUUCGACGCGAACGGCGAUGGCACGAUCGAUUUUCGGGAAUUUCUCUGCGCCCUCAGCGUAACGUCUCGCGGCAAGUUGGAGCAGAAGUUAAAGUGGGCCUUCAGCAUGUAUGACCUGGAUGGCAACGGUUACAUCUCGCGACAAGAGAUGCUCGAGAUCGUAACGGCGAUCUAUAAGAUGGUGGGUUCCGUGAUGAAGAUGCCGGAAGACGAGUCGACGCCGGAGAAACGAACUGAUAAGAUAUUCCGACAAAUGGAUAAGAACAAAGACGGCAAGCUAUCGCUUGACGAAUUUAUAGAGGGUGCGAAGAGCGACCCAUCUAUUGUGCGACUGUUGCAGUGCGAUCCUAGUGCACAAGCUCAGUGAGGCCCUGGGCCAAUACAGACAAAUACCGAUAUGCCAUCUGCAUACCCGAAUCGGAGCCCGGCCCAAUUGAUAUCCCAAGCAGAAGCGGCACGAUCGUAGAAACUUGUCCUCAGAAUUUAUUGGUGUAUCGAGAAACUUGCCGAAACAUUAUCUUCAUAUGUUUGAUUUAUUUUUAAAAAUUUUAAUCUGAUAAUUGUUAUACUAGGUAUAAUAAAUUACAUUCGACACGGACGAUAAUAGAGAAAAAAAUGAAAGUUCCUUCGUUUUGUGAUUAACAGUUAAAACAAUUAAUGAUAUCUUUUAAUAUAGUAACGAUAGUAGUAAAUUAGUAUUUAUUAUUUGAUUAUUAGAAACCAUCCGUGUUGUGAAAUUUUCGCGAGUAUUUUAUUUGACAUUUGAAAUCAUUCAAAUUGUUCUCUUCUUAUACCGAUGAUGAUGAUAAUAAGUUCGAAAAUGUCUUGUCUCCAUUACUCGAAGAUAUUGUCUUGGUGGUUUCUCUGGCGGAUAUUCUACGAUCACGCGCGUUAUGCGUGAGCACAGGUGCGUGCUAAUAAGGGCUUCUAUAAAUUGGGCCGGUAUCCGAGAGGUCCAGGGUCACUGGGCCCAUGGCGCUUGCGCAUACCGCAAGCUAGUCUACAAGACUAGUCCAGUCGCUCCGUUUCGUUCAAACGGAUCGGUUUAGCGAGAAGCUUGUUACGCCUUUUCGGGUCGUAUGUGCCGCGCUAGGGCACGACCAACGAUCCGCGGAGCCAUCCUGAGAAACGCCCGCAAUGCGAGAGGAGGGAAGCCGGUCCGCGUCGCUCGAUCCACUCUGAUCCGAUGUUGCGUCGAUGCCAUCGCCGACGAAUUUCGCCGGCUGUACCGGCCGUUCGAGAUGCAACGCAAGACGCGAUUAGCGAAAUUCUAAAAUACUCUGUGUUCGUAAAAUAUCCGCGAUUAUCGGUAGCGCGCGUGCAUGAAAAACGAAACUCUCCGACGAGCGAUGACGUUCGAGUUUCUUCAGGGAUCGUUCUCUGAACCUGAAGAAAAGCGAUCGAACGUGUCGCGCGUCAUCAGCAGAGUACCCUUAUAACGGGAUCGCAUCCACGCAUCGACGUAUCUUCGGACUGCGUGUCACUGCGAGUCGUCUCGCGCGAACGCCAGGAAGCUUGCGGCUUCCGGCUAGCGGUCGUUGUCGUCCUUACGCAUUGCCGCGUUGGUAUUUAAUACCGAAGACGCGGACAGACAUCCAUCCCUUCGAUGACACACGGUAUCGUAUCUCCCGCCCUCAACGAAUUCCCCCUCUCCCCGAGUGUCUCGUCUCAUUAUUACGGACUGACCCGUUAACGGAAAAGACUCUCACACUCGCGUGGCGUCUUACUGCGCGCUAGCAACGAAAUAUAGUGAUUAGAGAUCCCAGGCAAAGGUCACUGCGAAAUCGAAAUCGCGCGCUAGUAAGACGCGCUUGCUAGUUAAACACAUACACACACACACACACACACAACAUGCUUAGAAACCGAUUUAGAGCUUGAUCUAGCACAAGGAAGAAAUGACUGUCAUACCACGGAUACGUCGAAAGUGCUGCGAAGAAAAUACUUUCGAUUCGACGUAUCCGUAGAAAGAAGCGACUAGUUUAUAAUCCUAUUGCUGCGAAGUUUCGAUUCGCUUAUACAACGUCCUGGCGAUCGAGAUCUCGCAGAGCUAUCCGAUCGAAUCGUGGAGAGUUUGUCCUUUAACAUUACUGUUAUAUUCAUCUCGUCGUCAUUUUACCAUUUCUAGUGACCUUUGUCGUUACGGUAGGAUGAACAUAAUUGUAGUCGGAUAGAGCAUAAAGGUUUUCGCCUCUUUCCAAUCUCGCUAAGGGAAAUGAAACGCAUCCUUGCCGAUCAGAGCGACUGGUCCUCAGCUUUAGCGAAGGAAUUGCGCUUCGCCGAGCGACCGACGGAUAAAGAAGAGGAAUCUUCACGCGCGCACGCGUGCCGUAUUUAGAGAUUUAUUUUUGUGAAUGCGUGCGUCCUGUGUGAGCGUGUAAGAAGUAUGCGUAUAUGUAUAUCCAUUCUGCGUACGCGCGUGCCCCGUAUAUAAAGAAGCGAACGCGAUAAAGAGACGGCUCGAGGUGCGAGCCUUAUCGCCCCAUCGUCCGAUAAGUAUCGAUCGAUUGAUCGCGAUAAUUAUAUAUACAUAAAUACACACCUACAUUAUAGAUUAUUGAUGAAAAUAGAGAGCGGCAAAAGAUCGCAAUCUUCGCCUACGCGAAUAUACACGCAGCAGCAGCAGAGUUCGACGUUUUAUGGCUUAAGACGGUUCUCUAGCUGUUGCACGAUCGGGCACUCGAAUAUAAUGGAUUACGAAGUAAACACGAGCGCGCACAUAAACGAUAUUUUUCGAUGUACGAUGGAGAGUGAUUUCCGAUCGAUGACUUAUUAGUUGUCUGUCGGGAGAGGAUGGAUCUUCUUAUAUUAUUUUCAGUUUGCCUUUCUUUGGUGAGAGCUUUUUCUUUCAUCGCAUUUCCUUCUUCCUCACCUUCCUUCCCUCCCUUACCUUUUACAAACGUAUUCGGCGCGCGAUUGCUUUUUCGUGAUCGACACCAUUUUGGGAGAACACUUUCGUUGCGCUAGGCUGUCUCCCAAUCAGACAUCCGGUCCGAUAAUGCAAUGUUAAAAUGUUACGGCGGCGUAUAACGAAUGCUAGAAGAGAAUUUUGAUUUUAUUAUCGGAGACAUUACGCAAGGCAGUAUUGUAUUUUGCAAAAACGCGUUACAUACACAGAGAGAGAUAAAAAUAUACAAAUAUUAUAUAUAUAUAGAUACACACACAUACAUACAUACAUACACAUACACACACACACACACACACACAAAUCUUUAUUAUAAUAUAUCGCUAUUGUACUUUCUAAGAUGUACAUCUAUUCAUCCUGUGCUCAUUAAUAUUUAAGGAUAAAGACUAUUUAAUGAUAUCUCUAAACUUUCAGUAUAUAGUCAUUGUAUAAACAAAUAAAUAACCUCAUUAGUGUUAAAAUAUAUAUAAAUAUAUAAUACACGUUAAGAUUCUCUAAAGUUACUCUUGUGAAUUUUUCUGAUUAUCUUAAGUGGAAAGAUUUUAUUCUAUAACAAGAUGUCAGAAAAAGAAUGACGAAAGCUUUGGAUUUACAAUAAAAAGAAAAAAUAGUUGCGUUCAUUGAAGAUGAGAUUUAUAUUAUAACAUAUAACAUAGGACUGCCAACACGUUACGUUAGAUGGCAGUCAUACCAGCGCGAGACGCAGUUAAUUGUACCUUGGAACAAAUUAAGAAAGCAACACGAGAAAAUAUCCCGAAUAAAUUUGCACGACUCGGAAGAGAAGAUUUUGGAAGUGGCUUGAUUUUAAAACGGCAUGAAAUGCAUUCGAUAUCAUACAGCUAGAUAUUUCACAGUGGAUUCGAUAUUUCAUAUAAUGACGAACAUAAGCUAAAUAAUAUCAAAGUUGUGUUGAGAUUUGACAGAACAUGAGCGAUAAUAAGGCUAUCGCGAUUCAUAAUACAUAAGCAUGUGAAAACUAUCAAAAUUCUAAGAGAGUUAUUAAAAAUUUCUGCUACAGAAAAGUUAUUCGUUCGAAUACUAUUUCAUUACUUCCCAAAAUUAGCUUACAAUCGCAUCGGUUUGUACGCGUCUCUUUGAAAUUUCACCUUGGUUUCAAUUGUUCUUUUCUCCUUUGAAUACAAAAUCGAUAUUACUGAAAGAAAUUAUAUUCGAUUAUAUCGAUUUAGUUUAACUCAUUUAUUAAUUUAAUGUAAAAGUUGUAUAAUCACGCCUAUGUAUAUAUAUAUAUAUAUAUACCUAUCUUUUCACAUCAUUAUAAGUUACUCUGACGCAGUGUAACGUCGAUAAGAACACUGACAUAUACCCACGUGUGAAUUUUGCAGCGCAUCAUUAUUAGUAAAAAAAAAAAA